AUGAAGAUUUCAGCAACUAUUUUAAUAUUGACAUGCACUAUCAACUCAAUUUUUGCAUUAAAUCCUAUAGUCAUUAAAGGGUCAAAAUUUUUUGAUUCCGUAACGAAAGAUCAGUUUUUUAUUAAAGGUGUGGCCUAUCAGCCCAGAAGUCAAUGGAUAAAUAACACAACAGAUCCCUUAGUUGAUAAAGAUGCCUGUGAACGUGAUGCACAACUUAUGGCUGAACUUGGAACGAAUGUUCUCCGAGUUUAUGAAGUCGAUCCAAAAAAGAAUCAUGAUGCUUGUAUGAAGGCUUUCGCCGAUGCUGGCAUUUAUUUAUUAUUAGAUAUCGCAACUCCUCAUUUCUCAGUGAAUCGAAAAAAUCCAGAAUAUGAUAUUCAUCUUUAUAAUGCCUAUAAGGCUUCUAUAGAUGCAUUUAUAAAAUAUGACAAUUUAUUAGGCUUUAUUGCAGGUAAUGAAGUAACGAACGAUAAAACAAAUACGCAAGCAUCCGCCUAUGUCAAAGCUGUUAUUCGUGAUACGAAGCAUUAUGUAAAGAGUAUCAAAUCAAGAUCUAUCCCUAUUGGUUAUGCAAGUAAUGAUGAUGAAUUUAUUCGCGAUGCUAUUAAAGAUUAUUUUAAUUGUGGCGAUAUAGAAUCUCAAGCGGACUUUUUUGGUCUUAAUCUAUACGAAUGGUGCGGCGCAUCAUCAUUUGAAAGGUCAGGAUUUAAGGAUCGUACAAAAGAGCUCGAAGGGUACAAUAAGCCUGUUUUCCUUUCAGAAUAUGGCUGCAAUCUAAUAACACCUCGAGAAUUUUCUGAGGUUUCUGCUAUUUAUGGACCAGAAAUGACAGGUGUAUGGUCAGGCGGUAUCGUCUACGAAUGGACACAGGAAAAUAACCGAUAUGGUUUAGUCAAGAUUAAAUCUUCAGGUGAGGCAGAAAAAAUGGAGGAUUAUAACAACCUUCAGGAACGUAUGGCUAAAGUUAAGCCCCAUGGUGUCAGGAUGGAUGAUUAUCAUGAUGAAAAACCAAAUUCAAAUUGUCCCUCAAUUUCUGAGAAUUGGAAAGCAUCUAAUGAACUACCUCCAACACCCUCUGAAGGCGCCUGCCAAUGUAUGAUGGAAAACUUACACUGUGCUGUCUCAGAUAAAAUCAGUAUGAGUAUGGAUGGUAAUAAUACAAUUGGAAAACAAUUGGAUACGAUGUGUGGUGUAGUUUCGUGUAGCGAAAUUAGUGGAGAUGCUGAAAACGGUGUUUAUGGCGCAUUUUCCUUUUGUUCACCAAGGGAGAAGCUUAGUUGGCUUUAUAAUUUGAAGGGUAUAGAGAUGAAGAAAUUAUCACCUGUAGGAUUUUGUGAUUAUAAUGGGUUUGGUCAGAUGAAGUCGCCUGUACGUAACAAUUUUAACGAGUGUGCUAAAAUUGCUCCUAACAUGAACAGUAAUUAUUCUGAAGAAAUUACUAAAUCAACUUCAAGUGCUUAUAAGAAGAAUAAUAAUGGUGUUUUUAUUACUUCAGCUCUAUGUAUAUUGAUUGUUGCUUCCUUUAUAUAA